CAAACGACAACGAAAAAACGUUAAAACAGUAGCGGAUCCCGCAGCCACUUCUCCAUCCAGUGCCGAUGACGAGUUGCCUUCUAACUCUCCUCCUUCUUCUUCUCUUUCACCUUUCAUUCAUUCCAGUGUUUUCCUCUUUCCCAAAUACGACGCUUCUCUUACAGGAUGUCUUGAAGGAGAUCUCAGUGAAGCAGAAGUGGGACUUGGACGCCAUUAAAGUCUCCAGAUUGGACCUCAGGAAGCUUAGGUUUGGGACCUCUAACCGGUACGAGUUCCGAGUCGGAAUCGGAAAGACUCACUUGUCGGCCAUAUUCUCCGAUGAAGUAUCGUCCUGGAACAACUUCAGGAAUCCGACAGCCGAUUUGGGUUCUCUACUCGAUGAAGUUCGCUCUUUUGCUCUACUCGACACCUUCAAAUUGGAGGGUCCUUUUGAAUUGCGAGUCGGCGAUUCCAAUUAUUCUUCCCUGUUAUUGCCGAUGAACCGUACACAUGCUGGGUUUAAUCGGAUUCUUGUUGGUGAAGGCAUCACAAUCGAAGUAAGAGGUGCUCAAGAAGUCUCCGCCUUUCAGGCAUCUGAUUUCAGUUCGACCGUGAAUGUAAGCCACGAGAUUGGGAACGGGAAAACCGAGUUUUGGCCCAUUCGGCAUUCAUUUUGCGGAGUGCUAGUUCAAAUUCAAGUCUUUGGAUCUGCAGCAUUGGCAGCAUACAGGACUAAAAACCCUGAUAAUUGCAUUAAAACCAAACGUAUCUCGAAGGAGACGAUUGAGCUUCUGGCAGAGAAGUGCUAUGGUAAUAAUAUACACAAGAAGCGAAAUUGCCCUGUGGAUUCCUUGGGUUUGAGAAUAGCGAUGCUUGAGAAAGUUCUGAGAAGCUAUUUUGGUGAACGCCUAAACGGUACAGUUGGCCUUUUUCGAGGAAAAAUCAGCGCUUUGGCUCUUAUCCGGUUCCAGCUUGAGCUGGAAAUGGAUUCUAGAAGCAAUGAUACUCAGCAAGCCAAAGCAAGUUGGAGAACAAGACCCUCUGUUGAAAGGGUUUGGUUUGAUGUAUUGGCAAGAGUUGAAGCAGAGAGGUUGAAGCUCCUUGUGGCUAAGGAGACAAAUCCUUCCUUUGUAACAGAUACAGCUGGAUGGAGUAAUUUGUCGAAUAUCUCCUUUACGAAGUUCCCAUCUCUUCUUGUUCCUUCUGAGGCUUUAACAUUGGAUGUCAAAUGGUAGAUGCACACAUGACAUAGAUCCCAAGAUUCAGCACACUCAGCACAGACAACAGCCAA